AUUGUCAACCACUAUGACAUUUUGUUGAUUAUAUUUUUUAUUUAUGUCACUUUAAAGAAAAUGCAGGGGAAGUUAAAGACAAAAUUAAAAGUUAUCCAUACGAUUAGACCAGCAGUGACGUUAUUUUCAAAGAGCCGAGUCAAAGGGAAAAGGGAACCCAUAGCACAGAGAUGGUCCAGAAGAAUCAGAUCCUUACCUCCGAUUCCUAUCAGCAUGUUGAGUCCUGGUAGAAAAAUCUCCAAGAAAGUUUAUUCGUUUCCUAUCAAGGAAGAGAAAGAAGUUGCUGAGAAAAAAAUUAAAACUUUAAUUGUGCCGAUCAAAAAAGAAAAGGGUUCCCAGAAAAAUAAUACUUCAUACCAUCAAAAAGAAGAAAUAGUCAGAAUAGUUCCAGUCAUCGUUUAUGUAAAACACAACAAAACCAAACUUAAAUCAUUGGCAGAUGAUCUAGAAAUUAAAAUCAAUACAAAACGAGUCAGUGCAGAAUUAAAUACGACACUAAGUGAAAAGCUCAAACAGGAAUGUACGAAUCUAGAAAAGAAGUGGUCUAAAAGGCUCAAACAGUUUCCUACAAUUUGGACAUCUAAUUAAUCUAAUAAAAUAUUUUUUUUUC